GCUUAAUCAUUUUUCGAAUGCAUUUACAGUCAGUGCCGUGUACCACUUUCAAACAUUUCCAUUGUCAAUUAUUGCUUCUCAUGCAUGGUAAAUGUUGUAAUCUUAAAUUAUAAUAUUAGCUGAAUGAAAUAAAAUAAAUACAUCAACAAAAUCUACGAAAUUUCUGAUAAUCCUUUUGAAAUAUGGAUCGUUUAUUAAGAUUGGGUGGUGGUAUUCCUUUGGGACAAGGAUCUGCUCCAGCUGCCGAUACUCCUGUUGUUGAUACUGCUGAACAAGUUUAUGUAUCAUCAUUGGCUUUGUUAAAAAUGUUGAAACACGGACGUGCUGGAGUUCCUAUGGAAGUUAUGGGCUUAAUGUUGGGUGAAUUUGUGGAUGAUUAUACAGUCCGAGUAAUUGAUGUAUUUGCUAUGCCUCAAACGGGAACUGGUGUAAGUGUUGAGGCUGUAGACCCAGUUUUCCAAGCAAAGAUGUUAGAUAUGUUGAAACAAACUGGUAGACCUGAAAUGGUUGUUGGAUGGUACCAUUCACAUCCUGGAUUUGGUUGCUGGUUGUCUGGUGUAGAUAUCAAUACACAACAAAGUUUUGAAGCUCUUUCUGAAAGAGCUGUUGCUGUUGUAGUUGACCCAAUUCAGAGCGUCAAAGGAAAAGUUGUGAUAGAUGCUUUCCGUUUAAUAAACCCCAAUAUGAUGGUACUUGGUCAAGAGCCCAGACAAACUACUAGCAAUUUAGGACAUCUGCAAAAACCAUCAGUUCAAGCUUUAAUUCAUGGUCUUAAUCGUCAUUAUUAUUCAAUUUCAAUAAACUAUCGCAAAAAUGAACUUGAACAAAAAAUGUUAUUGAAUUUGCAUAAAAAAUCGUGGAUGGAUGGAAUGGCUCUGGAAGAUUAUGAAAAACAUUGUGAUAUCAACCGAAGUACAGUUAAAGACAUGCUAGAAUUAGCUAAGAGUUAUAACAAAGCACUGGAAGAAGAAGAUAAAAUGACACCAGAACAAUUGGCUAUUAAAAAUGUUGGCAAACAAGAUCCUAAGAGGCAUUUGGAAGAAAAAGUUGAUAAUUUAAUGUCUGCAAAUAUUGUUCAAUGCUUAGGUUCCAUGUUGGAUACUGUAGUGUUUAAAUAAAAUUUCUCAUCAAAUUCAA